AUGCUGAACGAGAUCCGCGACAUCGUGCACCCGCUGUUCUCAUCUGUCCCUCCCCCAGAGCUGGAUAGAAAGCAACUCCUCAAAAAGAUCAAGAUCACUACCGCAGACCUUCCUCGCCCUCACCUCCGUACGCGUGGUCAGCCUACCAUCAAUGUCACCACCUCUACCACGGGCAGGAACGAUAAUACCAACGACGGCGGCGACAUCCUCCCCCAUCCAGUGGUCCGCUAUGCGCAUGGGAAGGGGUGUGUUUACUCCGACAAGCCAGACAUCGUGGUCAAGUCUGCCGAGUUCGUCAAGACAGUCGACGCUUUCGCGAGGACGAGGCUUGACAACCUGACCAGACUACUCGACGCGGGAAUUACCUAUGUCGAUAAUGACCUGGAGCUCACUUGUACCCGGAACGAGACGUCUACUCCCACUUCAAGUGCAGCCUCAACGUCUCCUUCGUCUGCUUCGCCUUCAGAGACAGAGUCCGAUUCGGACUUCGACACAAAUACGACCACGACUAGCUUUACAUCGUCUUCGGCCAGAAGAGGCGUGGAGGACGAUGGCCACGCGGACCUGGACAUCAGCUUAACCCGCCUUUUCGCCCGUCUCGCGGCCAACGAAGUUACCGACAAGAUGCGUUCCGAGCAGAUCCGUCUGCAAGCAUGUCUCGCAACAAGCAGUCUGGCCAAGGGGCUGUAUUGGAAGAGAUGUAAUGGAGUGUUCAGGAACGCGCUGGACGAUGAGCUCCUGCCUGCUUCUAUCUCUAUCACGGCUUCGACGACCACCGGUGAUUCGGCUGGCGAGGCCAUGGGUGAUGACAAGGAGGCGAAUGCCACUGUCGAUGUCACUUUAAAGACCACUCAUGUAGACGCAAGCGAGACGAACGAGGCAACUAAGAAUCCAUUCGCGCUCACAAGCACCACCACCGACGAGGCCAACAAUGCUAUGAAGGCAACCUCGAUUUCUCUCGUCACUCCAGGCGAUGGUCAUCACCACAGAGCGCAGACAGUAUCGGGAUAUGGAUAUGCUGUCCUUGCCCCGACGCGAGCACUAGCACAAUCCCGACUGAAGACUAGCGGCACAAAGUCACAAGCCAGCGUCAAUGCUCUCUCGCCAGGCUCAUUCAGCAUCGACACUCCUCCCUUUUCUGCGCCAACAUCAAUAUCAACAUCGGCACAAUUCUCGAGCAUCAGCUCUCGCUUCCCACCUCUCGGCUCAGACACGUCUGGAGAAGAAAAGCAAGGAGACUGUGACGUGCCUAGUGCUCGGGCAGAAAACGAACAGGGCCACGACUCCGAGUACGCAAGAAUCCACCUGGUCCGCACCAACCCGGAAACAUUCACAUUCACGUCCUCCAUCCUCAUGAACCGCGAGGCCAUGGUCCGGUCUGGCGCAGUGGACGAUGACGAUCUGUGUCUCACCGGCUGGGGGUAUAAUCGUCUUGAGAAGAGAGUGAAGGGGAAUGUGGAUUGAGACAUCUCGCGCAUGAGAAAACGGACGGGAGAAGGUGGGAUAGUAGAGCAAGAGCGAGGGUGCUAAAAAUGCUGCUUUUUAUGCCAUCGAGAUACUAGUAGUUUCCGAGAGGUGAAAGGGGUUGGACAUCAAGUAGUGGAUAUCAUCG